UCUCUCUCUCUCUCUCUCUCUCUCUCUCUCGGUCGGUUUCGGCCUUCCUUUCCUAGCGGCGACGACAGGGCGAGUGGCGCCGCCGUUGCCAGUUCUUCGCCGGCGACGAGCAUCCGACAGGGCCUGCACGCCUGAUUCUUGUGCGGGGAGAGGAGACCAUGGCUCCAGUGGAUACCUCGCGGAGCGAUCCUAGGAGGCCGGAGAGAGGUGGUGGCAUCGACCAAAAGCGCAGUAAGCCCAAGCCACGAUAUGAUGGAGAUGAUUUUUGUGCAAUAUGUGACAAUGGUGGUGAUGUAACUUGCUGUGAUGGUGGAUGCCAGAGGUCUUUCCACCUGACCGAUGAAAACAGUGAACGAUCUAGGUGCAGAUUAAUCCUUGGGCUAACCAAAGAACAGGCAGAGAUGAUCCUUGCUGCUGAUGAUAAAGAUUUUAUAUGCAAGAACUGCAAGUAUAAGCAGCAUCAAUGUUUUGCUUGUGGAGAGUUGGAAUCUUCAGACUUGUCAUCUGAACCUAAGGUAUUCCAAUGUGAGGUUGAUGAUUGUGGGCGCUUUUACCACCCUAAAUGUGUUGCUAAACUGCUCUACCCGGAAAGCAAACUCGAGGCCUCAUUUUUCGCUGUCCAAGUUGCAGCCAGAGAAAAAUUCACUUGUCCUAUUCAUGAAUGUAUUGUGUGCAAGGGAGUGGAGAACAAGAAUCAUAGGAACAUGCAAUUUGCAGUAUGCAGACGCUGCCCAACUACAUACCACCGGAAGUGCUUGCCAAGUAACAUCCCCUUUGAAACGAAGAAAGGUCCCAAUGGCUACAUGCAAAGGGCGUGGGAUGAGUGGGAGGGACCAGAUGGACAUGUUAUUCCUCGUGAUCGUAUUUUGAUCUACUGCACGAAGCAUGAGAUCAUAAAAAAGUUAGGAACUCCCAAGAGGAAUCACAUCAUCUUUCCAGAUGUCAAAAAACUCCGUGUACCCAAAAGGCUUGUAGAUCCACCUAAUGAAAAAGGUAUACCUGAGGAAGAAGUGCUCAAGAACGCCUCACCUGAACCAUCUCAAUCUCCCCCGGCAGUUGCAAGUGAUCGGAAUCAGUGCUCCUGUUCUGGGCCCUUCGACUCAUUUGCACCAGAAUCCUUGUUUAGGCAUCCAUAUCCAGGAACUUGUGGUUGGCUUGGUGACUGACCAUCUGGCAUCCCUCACCCUCCCUUAUUAAUAAACCUAACAGUAAUAUGUUCUUUGCAAAGUGCAUGUAAAUGAGUAGCUUGCACAUGCUUCAGACUACCUGUUCUUUCUGUUGGAUUAGUUUGGAAAGUUAGUGUGACAUCUUGUGGAACUAGAUUGCCAUAAGCUCAAUGAUUGUGCCGCAAGCUAAAGAUCCUGGUUAUGACUUAGAAUCAGAGGUUUUCAGAUAUUUUUAUAAAUGCUCAUAUGAUGGCAAGACUGUAAUGUGUCAUUUUUAUUUGGCAAGCCUUUCAAGAUACAACCCUGCCUACCUGCCAAUAAUCACUGUGCUGUAUGAUCAAUGAGAAACAUCUGAUCAUAUCCUUUCUCAA